UAAAAUUAUCACUAUAUAUGACUUCAUUGUAGCUCCCAAAAAAUAUAGAACAACUUAGGGGAUCUUUAAAAGAAAUCUCAGUUUUCACUUCUUAAAAGGAGAUUGCUUGGCUUUUGGUUCUGUAAAGAAGAUUUCAGCAAUUUUUGAUAUGGGCUCGCAAUGUUAUAGCUUUACAGGGGCUAUUCUUGUUGGAAUUCUCAUGUUUCAUGGCUUUGUUCACGCAGAAAAAGCUCCAAACUACACAUUUGUCAGAGAAGCAACUUCCGCCCCAACAAUCACAUAUUACGACUACAUAAUCAUUGGCGGAGGGACCUCUGGGUGUCCACUAGCAGCAACACUUUCACAAAAUGCAAGGGUCUUAGUCCUCGAAAGAGGAGGAUCUCCUUACGGCAAUCCAAACAUAACCAACAUAGAAAAUUUCUCAGACACUCUUUCGGAUACGUCUCCUACAUCUCCUACUCAACAAUUCACUUCUGAAGACGGUGUAUACAAUGCUCGAGCACGCGUUUUAGGCGGUGGAACCGCCUUGAAUGGCGGAUUCUACUCACAUGCUAGCACUCGCUAUGUAAAGGAAGCUGGUUGGGACAAGACAUUGGUGAACAAAUCUUAUGAAUGGGUGGAGAAGUUGGUGGUGUUUAAGCCACCAAAGGUAGAGUAUCAAGUUGCUGUGAGAGAUAGUUUGCUUGAGGCUGGGGUGUUGCCCUAUAAUGGGUUUACGUAUGAUCAUUUGAAUGGGACAAAAAUUGGAGGAACGAUUUUUGAUAAGAAGGGUCAUAGACACACUGCGGCAGAUUUGCUUGAGUAUGCUGAUCCAAGAAAGAUUACUGUCUAUUUGCAUGCAACUGUGUACAAGAUCUUUUUUAGGUAUAAUAAUGGAACAGAAAGACCACAAGCUUAUGGUGUGGUUUUCAAAGAUGCAUCGAGAGUGUUUCACAAAGCAUACUUAAUGAAGAACUCGAAUUCAAUGAUUGAGGUAAUAUUAUCAGCCGGUGCAAUUUGAAGCCCACAGCUAUUGAUGUUGAGUGGUAUUGGGCCUAGUGACCAUCUCCAGGCCCAUGGGAUCAAGGUAGUAUUGGACCAACCCUUGGUGGGUCAAGGAAUGGCUGAUAAUCCAAUGAAUGUCCUCAUGAUUCCCUCUCCAAUUCCAGUUGAAGUGUCUCUGAUUCAAACUGUGGGCAUCACUAGGUUUGGUAACUAUAUUGAAGCAAUCAGUGGACUGAGUCUGAGUUUUUUACUUUCUUCUUCAGCUCAAAAACUUUCUAGAGACCCAGGGCUGUUCGUAAAUAAGACUGACCAGCCCUUCACAGUGCCCACAAAAGCAAUGGCUGAAGCUGCUGAAAUCAUAAAUGCCAUUGCCAAGGCAAGUUUUAAAGGUGGUGUGAUAGUUGAAAAAGUCACAGGUCCCCUCUCCACUGGCUAUCUCGAGCUUCGGAACACAAAUCCGAAUGACAAUCCAGCAGUUACCUUUAACUAUUUCAAAGAACCAGAGGACCUAAGGAGGUGUGUUCUAGGCAUGAGGACCAUUAUAGAAGUUGUAAAUACAUAUCCAUUUUCAAAGUUCCGGUAUAGCAACAUGACAGUGCAAGCACUGAUAGAUAUGAUGGUGAGUUUACAAUUGAACAAGAGGCCGCGACAUCCUAGUGCUUCGUUUUCCUUGGAACAGUUUUGUAUAGACACGGUCAUAACCAUUUGGCAUUUCCAUGGAGGUUGCCAAGUUGGUAAGGUUGUUGAUCGUGAUUAUAAGGUUCUUGGUGUGGAUGCGUUAAGGGUCAUUGAUGGCUCAACAUUUUUACGCUCACCUGGGACUAAUCCUCAAGCUACUGUUAUGAUGCUUGGAAGGUAUAUGGGAGAGAAGAUUUUGCAUGAAAGAUGUUCACAUGGGAGGAAGUAGAAGAUGAUUUUAUACUUAGAUUUUACAAGUAUCAGGGGGGGCUUAAUGCAUUUGGAGGCUUAAGGUGAAAAUUGAAAUCAAUGCCUUUUAUAUUUUUAAAUAUGACUUUAAAAAAAAAAA